AAACGAAACCAGUUUGCUAUUCGAUACGAUCGAGGCAACAGCAGCCCCGCGAUAUCUUAAAAAACAGAGAAGAAACCGUGUGGCUUUGUAUCACCGGUUUUUCACCGACCCCCUCCCCAUUCCCCUCCCCCACUUUAGAGGUGAAUUACUCCCGAUGAUAGUGAACACUAUCAAUGUUCACUUUUAUUUCUUCAGUUAAUACGCUGCUCCGUUGAUAUGUCUUCCAAAUAAGCUUCGAAUAAUCUUCAAUAAUCUUCAAUCUUCAAUAAUCUUCAAUCUUCGAAUAAUCUUCGUUCUCCAAAUGAGUAGUUUCGAAAGUUUAAAUGAUGUAAUCUGACCUAGCCUAGUGAAGGACUGCAGUGACAAUUGCCGAUUUUUAAGUGCUUUGUGUUCAAGUGAUCAGUGUUUCUCUUUCUUCACUGCGAAUUUGGGAACUGUAGCUAAAGUGAUCAGUGUUGCUCUUUCUUCACUACGAGUUUGGAAACUGUAGCUAAGUGAUGAGUGAAAAUGAAAAUGACCUGGAUAACAGUAUUGGAUUUUAAUUUCCAGCCAAUUGUGUUAUUGUAGAGGCAAUGACAUGAAAAGCACAAGAAGCAAAUUCAAAAAGUCUGGCUUCUUGAGAAGCGGGAUGAGUUGAAUUUAGAACGGAGAGUUCGAUGCCUUGAAUAUAAGUGUAUGGGACUGAAUAAUUGAAUGAUUCAGGAAGAGAGUUAAAGUGCUGAGAAAAUCGAACGAUAUUAUUCAAAGAGAAAAACCGAUGUCAGCCGUGGCACCAGCUGGUCCCGGCGCUACGGGGCCGAGUUCGAACGGUCCGAUAGUGCCAUCGCCGGUCUUCGCUCUACCCACUCUGUCUUUCACCGUGGGUCAAGUGGCUUCAGUUUGUGAGACCCUGGAGGAAAGUGGUGAUAUCGAGAGAUUAGCGAGAUUCCUCUGGAGCCUUCCGGUGGCACAUCCCAACAUCCAGGAACUCAACGAGAGUGAAGCGGUAUUGAGAGCAAGAGCCAUAGUGGCGUUUCACGCUGGACACUAUAGAGAACUUUACGCAAUUCUAGAGAGGCAUAAAUUCACCAAAGAUUCACACGGGAAAUUGCAAGCGAUGUGGCUCGAGGCACAUUAUCAGGAGGCUGAGAAGUUGAGAGGUCGACCACUUGGUCCCGUGGACAAGUACAGGGUGCGAAAGAAAUUCCCAUUACCGAGAACCAUUUGGGACGGGGAACAAAAGACUCACUGUUUUAAGGAGCGAACGAGGUCACUUUUAAGAGAGUGGUACCUUCAAGAUCCUUAUCCGAACCCGGGGAAGAAAAGGGAGUUAGCUUCUGCCACGGGGUUAACGCCUACGCAGGUUGGUAACUGGUUCAAAAAUAGGAGACAAAGGGAUAGAGCUGCAGCUGCGAAAAAUAGUGAAAAUACUGGAUCCGAUACACCAGAAAGAAUGCAACAACAAUCCGGCCCAGGAAAUGGAAAUUCACGUAGACCUUUAAGUCCAGGUGGAGGAUCGGAUACAGAGGAUUCGGAUAUUUCACUGGGAGGAACGUCACCGCCAUCACCGAGUUCCUCUCCACAAAUUAACCAUCAGACCUCGCCAGUGCAUCAAAUGAGUCACAUAGGUCCAAUUCCACAACCAACGCUAAGUUUUCGCUUUGAUCCAACAACAUCUUUCCGGUUGGGACACGCGACGGCUUUUAAGUUUCCACCGUCUGGUUUCCGAUAUGGACCGCACAGUCCGCAACACAAUCACCCGAGCAUUGCUGGUGGCGGAAUCUUCAGGCUAACUGAAACUAGUCCCUUCCAAGCUGUUGGCCCCAGAGGAGACCUUGGAUCCAGAUUACCAGAUACCCUCGGUCUACCUCCACCGAGAUUACACCAUCACGACACUUUGCUUCAUCAUCCCCACCAUCAACUACCAGAAAGUGUAUCGAGGUUAUCGGAAACUUCACGUUUAUCGGACGGUGGAAUUUCGCGGCUAUCUGAUAGUUUGUCGGAAGCACACAGUCCUCCUCUAGUAGCAACGAAUUUAUCGGUAACGGGACCGCUAAAGGUUGCAGUUCCAAGUCCUCAUACACCGUCCUCGCGUGGUAGUCCACCUUCGAAUCAGCACACGCCCAAGGGUCAGGGACUGAUCAGGGUUGCGACUCCACCGAUCAAUCCGAAACCUCCUCAAAUUCACAGGCCGUUCUCGCCAGCGUGAUACGAAAGAUCCAACCAGAUCGCUGACGCGAGAAGUGAGAUUGACUCUGUUGAGGACGAAGGUUUCAAUUUCAAGAAAUGCUUCGAAGUGCUGUGAACUUGCAAUAUUGGGGACUGUGCGGCUGUACAUAGUGAACAAAAUAAAUCGCAUUACCCAAGAUAGCAUAAUAUUUAAAGCGGCGUUGUUUGUCUUGUUUUCGCGGUUCAAACAGAGCAUUAAACCCCGUUAACUUGGACAUUAAUGUCGCGUUAUGUACAUAGAAUAAAUAGAGAACUUAGAGAGGAUGUAAAUCGUCAAUCGAUCAUGUUGAUAUCAACGUGUCAAAGGAAUUAUUUCUUUUAGGAAAUAAUGUUACGUUUUUUGAUAAAUUGUAAUACAUGACAAACGUAAUCUUUAAAAAUAUGACUGAUGACUAAUGCCGAAGUUUGAUUUUAUUUUUGUCAUUUUUGUGAAUCUUUUGCGAAUAAUUAGUCCUUAGAGUCUUAGACUAAUACUGCGGAAAUAUCUUGAAAUCUUUUAAAAAGGUUAUACUUAAAAAUUUAACGGAAAUUUUUUUCUAAUCUCUAAAUUGAACGAUUGUUAAAGACGAGUGUAUUAAAUACAAAUGUUAAAAAUCUAUUUUCUUUUAGAGUUUCUUUUUGUUUUAUUUAAUAUCUCAAUGUUCUUCAUAUUAAGCACGAAAAUUGCAUAAGGCUAAAAUGUUAUGCUAUCCAGUAGGUUAUUACCUAGAUUAGCAUAACAUUUUCAGAAAGUUUGAAAAAAGGUAUAAAUCAAAAGAAAUACAUAACAAAGUUUAAAAAUUGAUAUUCUAUAUUAGGCAAUUUUUAAUAAACAUCCUACAGAGGAUAAAUGCAAUACAACGGACAUUUGAGAAAUAAAUUGAUUCGAACUUUCCGAAAAGUGUGGACAUUGAAGAAGACGGAAAAUUUUGAUACAAAAAUUAUUAGAAUAUACAGACUUCACACUCAUCUACUAAAACAUACUAUUUACUACUUUUUUACAUUAUGUUACUAUUUGGAUACUUUUUUUUAGAUUUCAGCCACCAAA